AUGACGCCGCGCACGCCGGCGAAGUGGGAAUCGUCGCGCGCUUUAACGCGGAUGGGGACACGACGGUACGGAGCCUUGGAGUUGGGCGACGGGGGUGAGCCCGCGGCGUGGGACCAAGUCGGUGAGGACGCGCUGAUGAGGAAGGUGCGGGAGCUGCGAGCAGCGCUGGGCGGGCGGGCGAAUGUGCGGUCGCAGGCAGUGACGCAGGGCAGCACGGACGAGCCCCUGGGGUCCACCAUCAUGGACCCGCUCGGCCUGGGCCCGCUAGACGUGGAGCACAUGUGUCUGCAGAGCCGCUACGACAAGGGCAAGCCUGCGCCCGACCGCGCCCUCCAGCCAGAGAUGCUGGUGAAUCUGGACGAGGCGUUUGAGCCGAUGCUGUACCUGACGGUGGUGCAUGGGGGCAGCAGUGCGCGUGAGCUGGAGGAGGGGCGGGAGAAGCUGGGCGAGACGAUGCAGCGCGAGAAGGAGCAGCUCAAGCGCCUCGUGCAGAACAACUUUGACUGCUUCAUCUCCUGCAAAACCACCAUCAAUGACAUCGAGCGAGGGCUCGCAUCAAUGAAGAGGGACUGUGCGCUGGACACACUAGCAGCUGCCAUCUUCAACGUGGACCAUCACUCCAAGACAGCCUUCGGCCCGCUGCUCGAACGCAGAGCGCAAGUGCAGCGCAUCCAGUCGGUGCAGGGGCUGCUGCUGCGGUUCCGCACGCUCUUCAAUAUGCCAUCCGCCAUCCGUGCUCACCUGCGCAAGCACGAGUAUGACAGUGCCGUGCACGAAUACCUCAAGGCCAAGUCCAUCUCGCUCACCGGCCAUUCGAACAUCCUACGGAGGGUGAACGAGGAGGUGGAGAAGGUGGUGGACGAGUUCAGCCGCAUCCUGUAUGCACAGAUGAGCGACCCCAACGCCGCCCCCGCCACUGUAGAGAACGCCAUCCGGCUGUUGCUAGAAAUCGACCCAGAAAGUGACCCGGUGUGGCUGUACGUGGGCAUGCGGGAGCGGCGCAUCCGAGGGCUGCUGGAGGCGUGCGUGCAGCAGCAUGAGCGCCGCGUGCAGGGCAUUCGCCGCCGCCGCCAGGAGAAGCGCGAGGAGGAGCACCAGUGGCGCCUGCUGCAGCGCAACCCCCAUGAAAAGCUGGAGCCAGGGCUGGCGGCAUUCCUGAACGGGGAGGUGGAGGAGCAGGGGGAGGCGGAGGACGUGUUGGAUGCGGAGGAGGAGGAGGAGGUGCAGCAGCAGCACGCGCUGCUGGUGUGCCGCCUGGCCGCCGUGCUGCAGCAGCAGCUGCCGCAGCUGUGGAAGGUCAUGCUGGGCAUCUUCACCGGCAAGUUCGCCAACUUCUCCAAGGAGACUCCGGCAGCAGCAGCGUACCCCUAUGCAGGAGCAUACGGAGCCAAGCCCCCACUACCGCGCUCCAACUCGGGCCUCUCGAACCAAGGCGGGGGAGGGUCAUACCGCAAGCACACGCAGAUGGAGGGGGUGGCGAUGGUGAUGGGCAUCGUGGGCGUGUUUGAGGGCCACGUCACAGACGCCUUCACUGCGCUCGAGAGCACCCGCGAGCUGCGCCCCUACAUGCUGCAGGCCGUCACUGCCGUCGCCCAGGCAUCCUCCGCCUUUGCUGCAACUGAAGCGGCUCCUCCCCUAGCAGUGCAAGCGCUGCACCAGUACCGCAUCACCAUCACGGCCCGCUUCGUGCGGCAGCUGUGCUUCAUCAUGCGCGGGGCGGCGGGGGAUGUGGCGAGGCAGGAGGACUGGGUGCCGGCACCUGCUCACCUCACCAAGGGCUCUGAGUUUGACAUCUCGCACUUCCCUGUGCGCUUUGGUGACACCGUGGGAGCUGCCUUGGACCAGAUCACACAGGCCCUGGCGCAGUUGUCAAAGGACGGCCCCAGCAUCCCAGUGGCAAGUGGGUCGGACGCAGCAGCAGCGCAGGCGGUGGCAGCGGCAGAGGUGUGGCGGAUGUAUGCGUCGGUCAAGACCACCUUCUACGAGUCGUUUGUCGAUGCAUGCGAGGCGCUGGGGCAGAUGGCCAAGCAGCUGCCAGAUGGAUCUGCACCUCCCGAGGGGGAGGAGGGGGCGGAGGGCGAGGAGGAGGGGGGGGAGGGGGCGGGCGGGGCGCCGCAGUUUGAGGGGCUACAGCAGGGCGUGGAGGUGGGCAACCCCCAUCAGCGCAUCCUCAUGCUCCUCAGCAACGCUGGUUUCUGCCGAUCUGUGGUCGCUCGUGACCUCGCCCAGCGCUACCAGCACCUCUGGAACGACCCCAGUGCCGCGCCCCCAGCAGCCUCUCGUCCAGGCUACACCCCACCAGCGCUGAGCGAGGUGGAGCAGCUGCUGGCGGAUGUGGAGCGCGUGUUUGUGGAGGCAGAGACAGCUGUGGGCGACCAGUACAUCGCAGCCAAGGCACAGCACCUCGGCAUGGCUGUCAUUCGCUACUUUCUUGAAGACGGCACCUCCUGGGCUGCUGCUCCCCCCGUCAAGGGUCUGCGGGAUUCAGCUUUGGACCUCAUCUUGCCACUCGUGGCCGUGCAUGCUGAGGUAUCGGCGGGGUGCAGUCCGUUCGUGGACCGGGCAAUCAACACGCUAGCGGAGGGCCUAAUGGACGCGCUGCACCAGGUGGCCUUUCAGCACGCCGACCUCGAACAGCUCGACGCCAACGCCUUCUGCCAGCUCUCCCUUGAGCUGGACUAUUUCCAAGCGGUGCUACAGCCGUUCGCAUCCCCCUCACUGGACGACAUAAUAUUCCAGCUGCGCGACAUGCUGCUGCACCGCACCAUGCAAUCCAUUGCUGCCGCCGGCCCGCCGCCCGACGACCGCCCCAGCUACGAGCGCCAGCUGUCGCGGGGCGGCGGGAUGCGGUCAGGGGAGUGGGGCGAGGAGAGGGACAUUCCCACGCCACAGACACCAGAGCAACUCAAGGGCAUAGCGGACAGCCUGUCAGCGGAUCUGCUGCCAGGGGAGCUGAGGCGCACGCGCGUGAACGUCUUCUGCUUCGGCCUGCGCCUGCCCGACGACCCCUUGCUCUCCUCCUCCUCAGGCGCGUACGACAAUGUCUCCACCAUCCACGGCGCGCAGUCCACCAUCUCGUCCUCCUCGGGCUCCAGUGCCACGCGCGCCUACUCCGCCAUUCUCCCCGAGCUGGGUAUGGGGGAGGAGGGGGAGGGAGAGGGGCGUAUGGAGCAGCAGCAGGAGGAGGUGCAGGCGGAGGGGGAGCAGGGAUGCAUGGGGGGAUGGCAGGGGGACAGCAGGGGCAUAUGUGGGGGGAGGUGGGGGAGCGGGUGGGGCACAUGGGGGGCAGGAGGGGCAGGCGCAGCGCCGUACGGGGGUGCAGCAGUGCCUGGGUCUGCUGCUAGGGCUCUGGACAGGAGAGGGCAGCAGGGGGCACGAGGUUAUGGUGGUGGGUACUGA